GCUCGCUCAAAAAGUUAGCGAGAUCGGCUGCAUCGGCUGACAAGGCCUUCACCAACAGCUGCCAUGGUAUGUCACCAAAGAAUUGCUUGUCUGACUCCAUCGGCCACCGAUAUUUGCGUCGCGCUGAACCUCCGCAGAUAUAUUGUGGGCACCACGCAUGAAUGUGAUGACUUGGCAGAUGCAACUGGUGGUCCAACAAUCCUGACGAGAGAUGCCAUCAGGGAGCAGAACAUCUCGUCACAAGCAGACAUCCACAGAAAGGUACAAGAGAUGUCACAAAAGGCUACAGCUUCGGAGUGCAACGUGGAUGACCUUCCUUCGUUGUAUCCUAUUGAUGGAGAAGCCUUGCAGAAGGCGGAGCCUACUCUGAUCAUCACCCAAGAUCUCUGUCAGGUGUGUGCCCCCUCCUCUCGAAGUGUGGCAAGGAUCUAUGAAGGUUCUCCGUCGAAGGUCGAAGUUCUUUCCCUGAGUCCCAACAGUCUGGAAGACGUUCUGGAGAACAUUCAAUUGGUGGCGUCAACGGUGGGCGUUGCAGAAGUGGGAAAGCAGCUGGUAGAUGAAAUACGGAGACAGCUGAAAGAGCUUCAUGAUACAAUUCUUGAACACCGCGAUGCACGCAAGCCUCGCAUGUUUUUAUUUGAAUGGCUGUCACCACCCUUUGAUGCUGGACAUUGGAUGCCAGACAUGAUGCAGUGGGCCUGUGUGGACCAUGCCUGCAGCCGGAAGGCUGAUCGAAAGUCCAAGGAGUUGACUUGGCAAGAAGUGGCAGACACCAAACCAACGACUCUGCUUGUGGCCUGCUGCGGUUUUGACUUGGAACGAAAUUACCAGGAUGCCCUCUCCGUCUCCUCCGACCUCGCCUCCCUGGGUGUUUCGGCGGCCUUUGCCACCAACGGCGACCAGUUCUUUGCGCGGCCAGGGCCGAAGCUGCUGACGGGCGCCGUGCUGAUGGCGCUCUGUGGCUAUUGGGAUCAACCCAAGGUGCUGGAUGCGAUCCGAAGCCGACCCUUUGGGCUUGCAGCUACGCAGUACAAGCGGAUUCCAUUGGAUACAGCAGUGAAGAGAAGGAAACUGGAGAGCGAAAGUGUUCCCGACAUUGAAGAUUUCUACAAACUUCACCAGGAGGCAUGUGCCCGUGGCGACACGUUUUACACGGACCCUGCCAGCGGUUUUUUGGUCUUUACGGAAGUGGCGCAUCGGAAGCGCGGCAAAUGCUGCGGCUCGGGCUGCCGCCACUGCCCCUACAAUCAUGCCAACGUGCGCGAGGAGCAGAAACUGGUGCGCAUUCAGCAGCCUGCGAUUCUGGCGCGGGGCACCAAUCCAAAGUUCGCCCCGGAUGCGGCGCCGGAUUUGCGCGUGGUGUUUUUCAGCGGGGGCAAGGAUUCCUUCCUGACGGUCCGCACUUUGGCCUCCGCGGGGCCCAUGGGCCUAGUCCUGCUGACCACCUUUGAUGCACCCAGCCGCGUCAUAGCACAUCAAGACAUCUCGAUCGAGAUAGCGCAACGGCAAGCGAAGCAUUUGGGUUUGACACUGCUGGGAGUUCCGAUGCACCGUGGAAGCAGCGAAAGCUACAUCAGUCGCAUUGGAAGGGCCUUGGAUCUUCUGCAAACGGAGUUUGGAAAAAAAGUCAAGAGCUUGGUUUUUGGCGAUUUGCAUUUAGAUCACAUUCGCAGCUGGAGAGAAACAGAGCUCAGCAAACUGGGUUUUCAAUUGGAAUUCCCCCUGUGGCACAUGGAUUACCACCGCUUGGAGGAAGAUUUGACCGCCUCUGGCAUACACGUGGUGGUUUCCUCCUCCACCAUUGAGCAUGUGAAAAUUGGAGAGGUCUACGAUCAGUCCUUGCGAGACAAGUUACGGCAGAUGAAGGUAGAUGUGUUUGGAGAAGGAGGCGAGUUUCACACCGUGGCGGAGGUUUGGAGCGUUGAUCCUGAGAGGGCGCUUGGUGGUGCGGUGGAGCAGGCUUCCCUAUGGCCGAAGAGCGACACCCAACUGCCAGGCAUCAUCCACCAAGAUCUGGUGUUGGCCGUGGCGGCGUCCCGGAUCGAUGUGACAGUGAAAGACUUCGUGGCUUCGCUUCGAAAGCAGGGCAACUGGCCCCUGCUCUAUGCGGACGGCGCCUCGAAUUUGCAGCGCUCCUUCGAGUUCCUUCGGUCAAAGUUACCGGGUUCUCCCGCAUUGGGCAAGCAUCUCCUGUUCAAGCGGACCGACCUGUGGUUAGGCAGCCACACACUGUCGACACUCCACUUCGAUAACUACGAGAAUCUCUUCUCUCAACUCGUUGGAGAGAAGGAGUUUCUGCUGUGCCCCCCGGGCGACACUCCUCUCUUGGCGGAUGGACGUUUGCGAAAGGCCUACGCAACCUGGGAUCGAAGCGAUGGAAGUUUCGAGCGCAAGGCUGAAGGAUUAUCCGACGAAGCAGUCAUGAAUUACGCUGUCUACGACAUCGAGAAUCCUCCGGAAGAGUACGCGGAAUUGUCUGCAAAGCUUCGAACCACGGUCGUCACAGUUCAUGCUGGGGAGACUUUGUACUUGCCCUUCGGCUGGUGGCACCAGGUUCGCGGACGACCGGGUCCAGAAGGUCUUUGCUGCUCAGCCGCCUCCUUCUAUGCGCCUUUCUUUGUUCGGCUUCAGCCCAAGUCCAUGAGUUUCCCUGGCCCCUUGCUGCGCGGGAACCAACCAGGGCCGGUUCACGUGGAUGGGGAUGUGCGCACGGAGCUCCAAAAGUUCACGGACUUGAUGGACAUUGGCGAAGUGCUCCAUCGCGCCUUCACCAAUCGGUAUGAUGUGAAUCUUGCUUCCAUCAGCAGCAGCGAGGGACGGCUCUGCGCUCUGCGCAGCCCGGUGUCGCUGAUCUCGCGGCAAUUCCUGGAGGAUUCCUGGACAACCAUGGAAUCCAUCAGUGGCGAGGUGGAAGCAAUGUUCAAUGCCCAAGAGAACUGUUUCAUGAAGUAUGCCGGGCAGUGCGAGACUUAUGCCGCUUGCGCAGACAGCAGCGCCACCUUUGAUGCUGCGCUGGUGCCACUGCAGGGCCUUUUUUGGGCCGGAAACUUGACCAAGGUCCUUGCCUGGCAGCAGGAAGAGUUGGCUUUGCUGGAGCAGCUUCCCACGAACGACUUGGAAUCAGAGCUGGCCCAGAAGCUGCUUUCGGAUCUGCAGGGUGCAGCAGGCCGGCACGAUGGAGAAGUGUUCCCCCGGAGGGUACUGCGGCUACCACUUGCAGGCGCUCCAACGGUCAUGCACAACAGGCAUAAGGAACAGAGGCGCCGGGCUCCUGCGCUAGACGAUCACGUGACGAGUCUGAUACUGCGGAGGCUACCUCCCAACAUCUCAAAUUCCAGGCUGGUCCAGCACUUGGACACCAUUGUGCCGGGCAAAUACGACUUUAUUCAUGUUCCGCACCAUCAACAGACUGGGCAUAACAUUGCCCUGGCCUUUAUCAACUUUGUAAAUCACCAGUCUGCCAGGACAGUGUAUGAUACAUUCAUGCGACGGGACAGACAUCGCGCAGGGCCCUGGCAUCGUACGCAGGCAGCACCAGGCAACAUGCAGGUGCCGCGGUGGACAUCGGUGGACGGUGCCGCUCGAUUUCUUGAUGCGGCCGAGCGGGCCGAGAUUUCUAGUGAUUCAAGUCUUCUUUGA